UAUUAGGCCUUUAUUCAAGAUUUAAUUUGAGUAGAGAAUUUGAAAUGAGUGAGAAUUCGAGAAUGAGUCUAUUGUUCAGAAACUCAAGAACAAAGCAAAUAAGAUCAGGGAAUUCCAAUAAACCGCACAUAAGUAUUACGCACCUCCUGAACUGAGAUAUAUAGUUAACUCGAAGCUUUUCAUUACCUUUUUCAUGAUAAAUGUUUGUUUAGUUCCUUCGCUGAGUAUGUUUUGCAACUCUAAAUCAGGGUGUUACAACAUGGGCAUUUUUAGUUCUUACACACUUCAAGAAGCUAUAUUACUGGAAAAAUGAUGUCAGUGGUAGUAGGUACAUCAGGAAUUUGGAUAUUAUCCAGUGGUAUGUAGGCAAUUCCUUCUUUUCCCAAACUGAACAUCCAAACAGGCUUUAAAGGUUUGAGUCUUGUGCUGCCUUUUCAAAUCCCAGUAUUAGAUGGUGAUGAAAUCUGACAAAAGGAACAGAAGACACUACUUUAACCUUCUAAUGACACUUAUAAUUUUCCGACAGUACUACCAUAGUUGUGAUCAUUCCCACAUGACAGAUUAACAAUACUUAAUGAGCCUACCUGUUAGCUGUGAUGCCACGGUCUCACUCACACCCUUUGCGCAUCAUCUCAAUUCCGUCAUUUCUGUUACACACCUGAUGCAUGAGUGCUGCAUGUCUCCUAACUAAGUCACCCCUCAAAACCAUGACUGAGAUACUCAAAAAAGCUUUGCUGUUCACAGCAAUGGCAACUCUCUCUCCCCCUCUGGUACACCCACAGGUCCCCUCCUGCAGACUGGGGCCGCGCCAGUGGCAUGCCUCUUUCGAGAGGAUCCGCUUCCAGUUCAGACAUGCCGGGAGACUGCAAGCGAGCUACAAAGGCCUUGAAGCAAUGUAUGAUGAUGGGUAUGGGAUGGUCAAGGACCUGGACUACUACUACCAGGCACUCAGAGAGCUGGUGGAGCAUGACAGUGGGCCACCACGCUGGUUCUGCCCCGUCGAUGCCAGCUUGUCGGUCGAGGAUGCUCCACUCAUGCUCUAUUUGCCAGGGGUAGAUGGAAUGGGGAUGGGGCUCUGCAUGCACCACAAGGCUCUUGGAAGAAUUUUUGAACUUAGAUGCUUGCAUAUUCCUUUUCAUGACCGCACACCAUUCGAAGAACUUGUUGCAAUGGUAGAAGAUGUUGUGAGAGCAGAGCAUUCCACUUCUCCUAAUAAGCCCAUCUAUCUAUUGGGGAACUCGUUCGGAGGAUGCUUAGCUCUUGCAGUUGCUGCUCGUAAUCCCCGCAUUGAUUUGAUAUUGGUACUAGUUAAUCCAGCGACAUCAUUUGAGAAGUCAGAUAUAAAACAGCUUCUAUCAAUUUUUAGUCCCUUUUCGGAUCACGCCUGCAUUGCAAUUACAGCUCUACUGAACUACAACAUCGACAACGAAGUGAACAUAGCACUGAGUAGAAUGAAAAGUGGGAAGCAUCCUUUAGAAGCAUUUGGCAGAUUGACGAAUAACAUGUCAUCUUCCCUGAAGCAUACGAACAUACUGGACAAGCUACCAGAAGACACACUAAGAUGGAAAAUGGAACUGAUAAAAACUGCUGCUUCAUACGCUAAUUACCGUCUACAUUUCGUUACUGCUGAUGUGCUACUGCUAGCAAGCGGCGCUGACAGGUUGCUGCCUAGCAAAGCAGAAGCUGACAGGCUACAGAAGAUAUUACCUAAAUGCAAAGUCUUCUUCUUUCAGAACCAUGGGCACAGCUUACUGUUGGAACAUGGUGUGCAUGUCUCAUCCAUCAUCAAGUGUGCUGAUCUGUACCGCCAUUCGAGGAAGUAUCAGCGGGUUUUGGACUUCAUCCCACCAUCCACAACUGAGCUAAAUGAAGUCGACAAAGCUAGCAGUGACCUGACGUUCAGAACGUGCCCGGCGAUGUUCUCUACGAUGGAGGAUGGGACCGUGGUCCGAGGCCUGGGUGGGGUGCCUGCGGAUGGCCCUGUGUUGCUGGUGGGAAACCACAUGUUGAUGGGGAUUGAGCUCAUCUCGCUUGCUGCAGAGUUCCUGCGGCAGAAGAAGGCCGUUGUCCGUGGCAUCGCUCACCCGCUGCUCUUCCCGAAGAAGGAGAGGACGUCAUCAGAGGGCCACGACUUCUUCGACUUCCUCAAACUGUGGGGAGGUGUGCCCAUGACCUACAAGCACAUCUAUGAGUUGCUGGCAGCUCGGGAGUUCGUGCUCAUGUACCCAGGUGGUUACAGGGAGGCACUCCACUGCAAGGGUGAAGAGCACAGGAUAUUUUGGCCAGAUGAGACUGGAUUUGUUAGGAUGGCAGCACAGUUAAAUGCCACAAUCGUGCCAUUUGGAGUCGUUGGAGAGGACGAUCUCUUGAAUAUCCUCUGUACGUUCGACGAUAUCAGGAACGCACCAUUUGGAAAGGAAAUCAUGCGUGCGUAUAGCAGCCAUCUGAAGCUGAGGGAUGCCGCUCACGAGGUCAUCUUUCCAGGCGUACUUCUGAAAAUACCGGGCCGGUUUUACUACCGGUUCGGCAAACCUAUUCCGACCAAGGGAAGGCAAGAUGUCCUGACUGAUCGGCAGGCUGCGAACGAUCUUUACAUGCAUAUUAGAGCGGAGGUGGAAAGUAUAAUUUCGUAUUUGCUGGAGAAGAGGGUGGAGGACAAGUACAGGCACAUCUUGCCGAGGCUCUGGUACAAAGCUGCUCGAGGCCCAAACGCUGAAGUUCCAACCUUUGAUCCAUAAAACACUAAUACUACGUACGUUUCUGUAAGAAUGUAGUUAAAUACUACUCCGUACUACGUAAUUUCCAAACGAAAUAAACAAAACAUCAGUAAACUUGACUUUCAGUCACGCAGACAUUUGGAAGUGCAUGUUAUAUAAAUUGUGAUAUGAUCAAGCAUUUAAUCAUGUACUCCGUUCACAUAA